UCAACGCUUUGUGUCUGAACCAGCGACGUGUGGAGCCACAACUGUCGAUAACAUCUAUUCCAUCUACGCACUGUGUAUAGUACACGUACGAGUCUCGAGCUCUCUUACACAGUAACAGAGUAAGUCGACAACGGAUAUGAUGUCAAAACGCGAAAUCCAUGUGAUUUUCGUGCUGAUUACACCAACGGGUUGUGGAAUACGUGCUGAGUGACCAGUAAGACCAUACUUAGGAUGGACACACGAAGCUGGCCGCAGGUGCUCAGUUCUGCCACGGCGAUGGACAUAGUACAGUGGCCAAUACAGUCAGUCAGCUCAGGUGUGACCGCCCUGCCGGGGCCUCAAUCCGGGUAACAGAGGCAGACUGAUCAGCACUAAGGACGAUACAGUUCUUACAACUUCCUCUUCUUGUGCAAACAGACUCGGCAGUAUAACAUAUUCCUUGUGUCCGUACCGAUGAUCCUCGACAGGAACAAAAUCAUGAGGAUUAUGUGUCGGAUGGGAAGCUAAAUUUAAAGGAAUUUCAUUAUCAUCUGCUAUGAUGGCUAGGUGGUGUACUAACCAGAUAUAUGCGGUUUCCUUUAUGGGUACCUGGCCAAAGCGACUACGUUCUUGCGUCACCUGGGUGAUAGCUGUGAUUGUUCUGGUAGGACUUUGCUUCCUUCAUAUCAUAGAUAAAUCUGAAAUAUACUUCAGGGAAGAAGAAAACCACAACGUUGAGUCAUGGAUACAAAGUUUGCCUGAAAGUAGUUCGUUCUUCGCGCUACAUGUGGAUAUUCGCAGUAUUGUCGACAGGAAGCUGCUGAAUUCGACAACGGAAAUAGGCGGAAUAGGAGUGAUUAAUCCACACCCUUUCCAGUUUAUAAAUAAUCCUGGUCAUUGUCAGUUCAAGAGCAAUGGUUUGCGGACAGUGUUAGUUCUCGUGAAAUCUACAGUACGUAAUGUCUUACUACGGCAAGCUAUACGGACAACUUGGGGCAAUAUUAGUGAAGAGAAUGUCAAAAUAGUGUUCAUGUUAGGACGUAACAUCUCGAAUGACCUACAGAGAACAAUUGACCAGGAGGCUGCGAGGUAUAAAGAUUUAGUCCAGGAAGACUUUAUUGAUGCUUAUUUCAACAACACACUCAAGUCCAUAAUGUCAUUUAACUGGGCAACUCAAUACUGUGGAAACGCGCAAUUUCUCUUGUUCGUAGACGAUGACUUUGUGAUCGAUUUACCCAAAAUUCAGAGAUAUAUUUACUCUAUUCCAGAGACUGAUGUUGAUACACUUUUCAUAGGACAGCGAAUAACUCAACCGGUGGUGAGAGACCGAAACUCCAAGUGGAGUUUGUCAUGGAAGGUAUAUCCAUACAAGUAUUGGCCUCCAUAUUUAGCAGGCGGAGCGUUUCUCGCAAGUAUGCAGGUCGCCAAACAAUUUAGUUUUGCUUUUCCGUAUAUACAUAGUUUAGGUAUAGAUGACGCUUGGCUAGGUAUUGUCGCUAGGAAUGUGAGAGUACACCCACAAGAUCAUCAUUUCUUUCAUAAUAACGGGAGGCACUCUCACCUAGCGCUAGUAUACCAGUGUUGUCACACACAGAAGGAAAUGUUGAACACCUGGUGGCAACAUAAACAUAAUAAAAGCUUUCGAUUCGGGAAAAUAUAGAACUCUAAACUUAUGUCCAGUAGAUCAGUUACAGUUUUAUUUUCACGUUUGCACUAAGUCGAAAUCCAUACAAAUGAACUUCACUUCAUAUGUAUUUUGCAUCUUUACAGGGUCGGCCAUUAUUGGUAGACUCUACAGCGUCGGCCGUUGUUGGUAAUCUUAACAGGGUCGGCCAUUACUGGUAGACUCUACAGCGUCGGCCAUUGUUGAUUGUCUUUACAGGGUCGGCCAUUAUUGGUUGUCUUUACAGUGUCGGCCAUUAUUUGUAGCCUCUACAGCGUCGGCCAUUGUUGGUUGUCUUUACAGGGUCGGCCAUUAUUUGUAGCCUCUACAGCGUCGGCCUUUGUUGGUAUUCUUUACAGGGUCGGCCAUUACUGGUAGACUCUACAGCUUAGGCCAUUGUUGGUUGUCUUUACAGGGUCGGCCAUUACUGGUAGACUCUACAGCUUAGGCCAUUGUCGGUUGUCUUUACAGGGUCGGCGAUUAUUGGUAGACUCUACAGCGUCGGUCAUUGUUGGUAGUCUUUAUAGGGUCGGCCAUUACUAGUAGUCUCUUCAGCGUCGGCCAUUACUGGUUGUCUCUACAGCGUCGGUCUUUAUUGGUAGUCUCUACAGUGUCGGCCAUUAUGGUUGUCUCUACAGCGUCGGUCUUUAUUGGUAGUCUCUACAGUGUCGGUCAUUAUUGGUAGCCUCUACAGCGUCGGCCAUUAUUGAUAGUCUUUACAGCGUCGGUCAUUGUUGGUAGUCUUCAUAGGGUCGGCCAUUACUGGUAGUCUCUUCAGCGUCGGCCAUGACUGGUUGUCUCUACAGCGUCGGUCUUUAUUGGUAGUCUCUACAGUGUCGGCCAUUAUUUGUAGCCUCUACAGCGUCGGCCAUUGUUGGUAAUCUUUACAGGGUCGGCCAUUACUGGUAGACUCUACAACGGAGGCCAUUGUUGGUAGUCUUUACAGGGUCGGCCAUUUCUGGUAAUCUCUACAGUGUCGGCCAUUAUUGUUAGCCUCUAAAGCGUCGGCCAUUGUUGACAGUCUCUACAGUGUCGGCCAUUGUUGACAGUCUCCACAGCGUCGGCCAUUAUUGGUAUUCUCUACAGUGUCGGCCAUUAUUGGUAAUCUCUACUGUGUCGGCCAUUAUUGUUAGUCUCUAUUGUGUCGGCCAUUGUUGACAGUCUCCACAGCGUCGGCCAUUAUUGGUAGUCUUUACAGUGUCGGACAUUAUUGUAAGCCUCUACAGCGUCGGCCAUUAUUGGUAGUCUCUACAGUGUCAGCCAUUAUUGGUAGCCUAUCGCGUCGUCCAUUAUUGAUAGUCUAUAGCGUCGGCCAUUAUUGGUAGUCUAUAGCGUCGGCCAUUAUUGGUAUUCUCUACAGUGUCGGCCAUUAUUGGUAAUCUCUACAGCGUCGGUCAUUAUUGUUAUUCUCUACAGUGUUGGCCAUUAUUGGUAAUCUCUACAGCGUCGGCCAUUAUUGGUAUUCUCUACUGUGUCGGCCAUUGUUGGUAGUCUAUACAGCAUCGGCCAUUAUUGGUAGUCUUUACAGUGUCGGCCAUUAUUGUAAGCCUCUACAGCGUCGGCCAUUAUUGGUAGUCUCUACAGUGUCAGCCAUUAUUGGUAGCCUAUAGCGUCGUCCAUUAUUGAUAGUCUAUAGCGUCGGCCAUUAUUGUAAGCCUCUACAGCGUCGGCCAUUAUU